CUCGUGAAUUCGCAAUCACGGUCUCCGACAGAUCGCUCCACAACACGCCAUGCUAGCAGCGUGAGCUAAAUCUAUCCAGAAGUAAUUCAGCUGUGAGAUGCCUCAAAUCUAUCCAGGCACAUCAGAGACUUGCAUCCAUCCCUCGAUAGCUCCGCAAUCAUCGAGCUUCUCGCUUGAAUUCGCUGCUCUCGUUUUCAGCCAGGGACCUUCAAGGCCCUUUCUUCAGUCCCUUUAUUGAGGCUAAGAGCGAAUUUAAGGUGAAUUCCGCUUCGUAGAUUUCUCACAACGAACAAGAUCGCGUCGAGAUCGAUGGCGACUCGAAGACCGCCCACAACGACAGUCAGUACAGCAGAAGCUAUGGCGGUCGGAGCUAGUAGGCACUCAGUUCCGGCACUCAUCCUUCUUCUUCUCCUCGUUACACUCCCUCGUGCCGCUGCCUCGAGCAAUCUAAACGACGGGGUUGAUCCGUGCACGACGCUCGCGAAGAAACUAGAGGCGAGCGUGGCGACGUUGGCGAAACAGAACAUCAUCGUCGACGGAUCCGUCGGUUUCGCCACACCUUCAGAAGCGAGAAGCUGCCUGAGAAACUUCCGGUUCCGGCCAGACCGCGACAUCCCCGCUUUAGACACAAUCAUUAACGCGCUCGACAACCACUACGUGUACAAGCACCUCGCGGUAAAAUCACCAGACCCGAGUCUCCCGAGCGACGUCGACAUCAUCACAUACUUAAAAUCGAUUCGCGAAAAGGCGGAGAAAGGGGCCGGGAUCAACAGUCUCCUGCGCUUCCACACGCUUAUCUUCCGCGCGAUCGACUCGCUCAACGACGGCCAUACCGCCAUGACGAGCAAUUGUUUCCAAGGCGUCGGGCUCUACACGCUGCCGCUGCCGCUCGUGUCGGUGGUUGAAGAUGGGGAGCAGAUCAUCCGAGUCGGCGGCCUAGAACUGCUCCGCGGGCGCCCCGACCUAAUCGCGCGCGGGCUGUUCGGAUUCAACUUCUCCCGUUACGAGGGGAAACGCGUGGUGACUAUAGAGGGGGAGCCCGCGCUCCCGUUAAUCGCGCAGUGGGCAGACAAGUACGUGGGGACGUUCCGCAGCGCGGGCGCGCGCAUGAAUGCGGCGCUGGCGCACCGCACGGUGAAGGGGCUCGGGCAGAUCGACGGGAGCCAGGGCGCGUUCACGGUGCGCUCGAUCCCGCCGCGGAAGGACGCGCUUACCAUGCUCAUUGCCGUCAACCCUGGUUCCCCGCCCGAGCGGGUCGUUGUUCCCUGGAUAGCGGAUUUUCCCCGGGGGGCGUUCAGCGACAGCCGCAGCUACUGGCUCGCGUUCUGCAGGAAAACGGGGGAGGGGGACGUGGGGGGAAGCACCACGGAAGGUUCCGCUGCCGCUGCGGGCAAUGUUGAUGACGUCAGCGUAAUCUACGGUGAUGCUAGUGGAGAUAGUAAUGGUGGCGGGGACAAGUUAGCAAAGAAAGAGGGGGAGUUAGGCAUCAGCAAGGCGGGUGGGCUUAGAGGGUUUUCUUUAGCAACAGGGGCAGGUGCUGGAUUAAAGAGAGCUCCUAUAGCGGAUGCGACUGUAGUGGGGAUGCUGGCGCCAAGGCGUGAUCUGGACCCCCCACCGCUGAGAGUGAGGGAGGUGGAAGUGGUGGAGGAGGGGCAGGGAGGGGUGGAGGGAGGAAAGGAGAAAGGCCUCAACCCAGUGACCGGUGGCACUGCUGCGGACUCUGGUGUGGCUAGUGAUGCUGCUGCUGGUGGUGCUGGGGGCGCCACUGCUGGUGAUGCUGCGGGUGCCGGUGCAGGUGCAUCUGGGCCGGAUGUGGCUGCCGCGCCUGGCAACCCCCAGCAGGUUGUGCGGCUGUCAGCAGACGGCGAUCUGUUCCCCGUGCUGCUGCUGGGAGACGGCACAGCGGUGAUCUGGCUCCACACGUUCAGCACCAAGGGGCUGGAUAUCUCUGCUACUGGGCUCACUCCCUCGCAGUACCUCUACGCCGAGUCCAUGCGGGCCUUGAGCCUUGCUAAGAGGAGCGGUAAGCGCAUUGUACUAGAUGUCCGGGGGAACAAUGGCGGAAUAAUCCAAACUGCUUAUGGUGUGGUGAGGGCGUUAGCCGGCCCUGCUAAGACCCCCCGGGGGCAGCUACAGAUGCAGCAGCAGCUGAUGAUUGGGAACGAGUACACUGCACGACUCAUUAAAAGCAGCGCCACUUUCUUCUAUAACGCAUCUAAUUAUUGCGACCUGUCGGAGACUGCUGGGCUGGACGGACCAGCGGCUUUCGGGCCGUUUCAAGAUAUUCGGUUCUCAGAGGACGGGCAGGCCGGAAAUUAUUCUGCCCGGGUGAAGCUGCAGGAGAUGCUGACGCUGUACGACCAAUCAGAUGAUUUCAGCGGGCUGCCCAUGGUGGUCGUUUCCGACGGAACGUGCUUCUCUGCAUGCGCAGUUCUAACGCACAUCUUAAAACGAAGGUUCAACAUCCCAAUGGUGACUGUAGGCGGGAUAAGGAAGCAGCCAAUAGCAGUGAGCUCGUCCUGUCUGGGCGGCACGCUCGGGUCGCUUGAUGACGGGAUCUCGCUGCCACUUGCCGGCACGCCAUUGGCCCAGGAUCCCCGCGCCACCCAACCAUUCCGUAUGCAAAUGGACCUGGCGUUUGCCAUGCUACAGGCGUAUGGGCCCGAGGAGGACGGCGGCAGUAAGGGGGGUGGGGGAGCGGUGGGAGCGGGAGCAGCGGGAGCAGCGGGAGCAGCGGGAGCAGCGGGAGCAGCGGGAGCAGCGGGAGCAGCGGGAGCAGACCCUGGUACAGGAGGUGUGGCGGAAGCAGUGCCGUGUGAGUUUGACUUUUUGGAAGCGGAUGCGCACAUUGACCUGACGAUGGAGAUGGUGGAUCAACCCAGGUUCCUGUGGGCUGCUGCUUCUGACCUGCUUAUGAAGGGGAUGCAGUGACAAGCCGAGAGUCAGUGAAUUGGAAGCCUGCAUAGGAUUUAUCCAUUGGAGGGAACGAUGAUGGACAGUGGCGGUGUGGGUUGUUUAGAUUGUUCCAGAUCCCGAUUGUUGUACCAUAUAUACAGCAGGAGUACUGAUGCCCAGGCUCAAGCCUCUCGUUGACC